UUCACACUAAAACCCUAUUUCAGACAAUUCAAUGACAGCUGGCAUCUUGAUAAUGCGUUUGUUCUUAUUCUCGAACUGAUGUAAAUAAAUAACAUAUGUGCGAUAUUGUGUCUGUGAUUAUAACAAUUUUUAACGGUGAAAAAUGGGUUGAAAGUUGUUUUAAAUCUAUUCUAAGUCAAAAAAUUUCACUUGAUUCCUCAGAAGAUUAUAAUCAUAAUUGUGACUGUAAUUCCCAUGAAAUUUCAUAUCAAAAAUUAAAUCAUAAAAAAUGUAAUACAUAUUUUUAUACAAUUCCAUUAAUAAAAAUUGAAUUGUGUAUUUUUGACGAUGCAAGCACGGAUAAUACUCUUAAACUUCUUAAUCAAUGGGAAGAAAUUUUUAAAAAUCAUAAUAUAGAUGUAAAAAUAUUUCGAAAUACAACCGGUAAACCAAAAGGUGUUGGCUACGGUAGAAAUGUUGCAAUUAAAAAAUCAAUAGGAGAAUAUUUAUGUUUUCAAGACAUUGAUGAUAUUAUGUUUCCUAAUCGGAUAAUUAAUCAAUACAUUUUAGCUAAAGAAAAUAAAAAUUCUAUAAUUGGCAGUAAAUUUAUUCGUAUACCUGAAAAUUCAACAAAUCGUUUUCAACGUUGGGCAAAUAAUUUACCUGAAAGUAAAUUAAAUUUACAAGUUUAUACUUCGAAUGGUCCAACUAUUAUUAUGCCAACAUGGUUUUGUCAUCGAUAUGUUUAUGAUGCUGUACCUGAUGGAUUCUCUGAGAAUGGUAAAGGUACUCCAGAAGAUUUAAUAUUCUUUUAUAAACAUUUAGAUAAUGGUGGAAAUGUUAUACGUUCAAAUGAAAUUCUCUUAAUAUAUCGUUAUCAUCUGAGUGCAACAACAUUUUCUGUAUCAGAAGAAACAAUAUGGCAAAUUCGUUUAAAAAGACUGAUUAAUAAUGUUUUAUGCACAAAAGAAUGGUUAAAUGGUUUUACAAUAUGGAAUGCCGGUAAACAGGGUAGAAAACUGUUUCGUGAUAUUCCUGAUGAAUUUAAAAGAAUCGUUAGAGCUUUCUGUGAUGUUGAUCAAAAAAAAAUUGAUCAAAAAUAUAAUUAUUUUGAUAAAAAUAAGCGUCAAGUAACAUACUCAAUACCAAUAAUUCAUUUUGAAAAAAUUAAGCCACCAAUUAUAAUAUGCAUGAAACUAGAUCUAACGAAUGGAAUCUUUGAGAAAAAUCUUAAAAGUCUUAAUUUAAAUGAAGGAAAAGAUUAUAUCAUUUUCUCAUAAAUUAAUUUUA